AUGGAAGUUUCUCCAGCUCCUCUCCGUCCUCACACAACAGUUCCUACGAAACCAGCACUAGUAGGAUAUCAACUGGUGGGAGACAGCCAGUUCUGCAGAUUCGGUCAGCAGUUGUUAGGACUUCGGAGGGUAUCCAUGCCAAAUUCACCUGGGCGGAUAGGAAUCUGUGUCAGUGGUCAGACCAUAACUGAUCUACACAAGAGAGUGAAAGAAAGAUUUUACCCAAUUUCCGACAAAAUCAUACUUAUGAUUGGAACAAAUGACUUUUUGAGGAACUUAGAUGUAUCGAUCAUGUGCAAGGAACUGUCCGCACUCAUCGAAACACUACAGGAGACCGUAUCAAACAUUGUUCUGUUGACUUUGCCUCCGAUACCUAAACUGGAGAAAAGACACAGCUCUCGCCACUUUGCUCUCUUAGAGAAAUACAACAGCUACAUCCGUGGCCUGGAGAAUGGAGACAAUGUAAGGAUAGCCGAUGUUAGCCCGCUAUACAUGAGCUCUCUCCCAUACCAGAAAUGCCGCAUGCAUCUGUUUGAACUAUUUUUCUCGGGCCCAGCAAGAAGACCGGACUUGAUACACCUGAAUCGGCAAGGUCUUGAACUAAUACGUAAAUAUAUCCUUGACAACUUUUUAUGAAAUCAGAUUAGAGUUUAGUCUGUAUCAAAUUAGAUUUGAUAUAACUGAACACUUAAUAUUGGAAUAACAACAUAGCAAGUCUAUGUUACUGUUUUAUGUUGAUAAAUAAAACAGCAAGUAAAAUAUAUUACUAAUUCGUCAUUGGAAAGAGGGUCAAUCAUAUUGUUAGUUUUGACUGGUAAUUUUAUUUUAGAUGAUCUAUUUCAAAUAUUAAUUGUUGAAUUGUGUUUUGAAGAGUUCUGUUUCAUAUACUUUUAUUGCUAUAGAGUGAAUUUAAUUUUUUACUACUUUUAAUGAAUGACAAAAGAGAUUUAGGCUCAUUAGAAAGACUGCAAUUUUUUUCAAAGUGAGUUAUAUCCAAGUUAUAGGAUUUAUUUUUGUUGUCAUCAAGUGUUUAAAUUUAGAAUGAGUAGAUGACUGGUAGUUUGUAUUCUGUGAUAUUAACUAUUAUUUGCAUGUUGUAAAUUGCAACUGAUUUUUUCCCACAUUCGCCAAAUACGUAUUUUCAACUUCAAAGGGUGAAUUAUUGUAAAACAACCAAUAUAUUGUGGACUAACAUCAUGUUGCAAUGAAUGAAAAAAAAUGAGUAAAUUUGUUUAAGUUCUAUCAUUUUUGACGAUGUGCAGUUGGAUAAGCUUCUUACCUUUUUAUAGUUAGUUAAAUUGUUUAAAGUACCUAUUUUAUUCUGUUAUUGCCAUUAGUUUUUUAAAAUUAAUUAUAAAGAUACUCAAAUGUUAAUCGACCUAGUCUAACUUGUGUUUAUCACAGGUUCAUAUUUACAGAAUGUUUAUCAUUCUAAUUAUUGAUAGAAAAUGUGAAUUCUUAGUAUUUAAGAUCAUUGAUAUUUCUGUAUAUGUGUUUAGUUUUGUUAAAUUCAUAAAUGUGUUGUAAUGACAGCUCAUUAGAUUUCAAUAUUGUUCAAUCUACUAUUUGUUUAAUUUUUUGUACGAGUACAAAGAAAUAUUUUGUUUGCAAAAAGUCACAUCCACACUUGAUGCAAACUGAUAGUUUCUUUUGCUGUAAAAUAUACUUUGGAAUUGAUUGUUACGGUAAUAGUAUUGUUUAGCAAGUUUCAUUGCUCAGUAAAACAUUUUAGAACUUCUUGAAAGAUAGUAAAGUAACGCUGUUUGUUUGCAAUAAGUCACAUCCACACUUAAUGCAAGCAGGUAGGUUAUCUACUUUUAGUUCUAUUUCUAAGUUGAGUUAUAAAUUAUUUUUGUUAUUAAUUGCUGGUCUAAAAUGUGUAAAACUGUAUUUUGAGCUUUCCAACUUGUACUAAUGUAAUAUAAUAAAUAAAACAUAAUUUUUAAAGUU